GUGAGGAAGUUUCUAAUUCAUUGAACUUGAUUAGUUGUUCGUUUGUGUUUUACUCUUUGGUUCAAAGUUAUUGCAAGUUUUUACUAGAAUGGAUUCUAGCUCGGGCCCUGUGUUGAAGAGGGCAGACACUAUUGCUGAUAGCAUGCCUGAUGCAUUGAGGCAGAGCCGCUUUCACAUGAAGAAAUGCUUUGCAAGGUUUGUUGCAAGAGGGAAAAGGUUAUUGAAACACCAACAAAUAAUGGAAGAUUUGGAGAAAGCAGUUGAAGACAGAGGUGAGAGGAACAAGCUUCUAGAGGGCUUGUUAGGUUACAUCCUCAGCUCCACUCAGGAAGCUGCUGUUGUUCCUCCUUAUGUUGCUUUCGCAGUCCGGCCGAAUCCAGGGUUCUGGGAAUUUGUUAAAGUGACUGCAGAUGAUUUGCAAGUGGAAGGUAUUGAGGCCACAGAUUACUUGAAAUACAAGGAAAUGAUAUUUGAUGAGAAUUGGGCAAGUGAUGAAAAUUCAUUGGAGAUAGAUUUUGGGGCUAUAGAUUUCACUACGCCACGCAUGGCGCUUUCUUCUUCGAUUGGCAACGGACUAAACUUCACCACGAAGAUCUUGAGCUCAAGGUUGAAUGAGAGGUCCCAAAGUUCAAAUGCAUUGCUUGAUUACUUGUUAAGCCUUAAUCAUCAAGGAGAGAACCUUAUGAUUAAUGACAAAUUGAAUAAUUUGACAAAGCUUCAAACAGCACUGAAAGUGGCUGAAACAUAUGUUUCUGCUCUCCUCAAAGAUACACCUUACCAGAGAUUUGAAGAAAGGUUCAGAGAGUGGGGAUUUGAUAAGGGGUGGGGGAACACUGCAGGGAGGGUUAAAGAGACAACGAGAAUGCUUUCGGAGGUUCUAGAAGCUGCAGAUCCAUUGAAGUUGGAAUCACUUUUCAGCAGGCUUCCAAAUAUGUUCAACAUUGUUAUUUUCUCCAUUCAUGGCUACUUUGGACAAGCAGAUGUUCUUGGAUUGCCGGAUACCGGAGGCCAGGUAGUUUAUAUUCUUGAUCAAGUAAGGGCCUUAGAAGAAGAGUUACUGCAAAAGAUUAAGCUACAAGGCCUUAGUGUGAAACCACAGAUUCUUGUGGUUACAAGGCUCAUACCAGAUGCUAAAGGGACCAAAUGUAACCAGGAACUGGAACCUAUCAUCAACACUAAGCACUCUCACAUUCUUAGGGUCCCCUUUUGGACGGAGAAGGGGAUCCUCCGGCAAUGGGUGUCGCGCUUCGAUAUCUACCCUUACUUAGAAAGAUUUGCGCAGGAUGCUACUAUCAAGAUUCUUGAUCACUUGGAAGGAAAGCCUGACCUCAUCAUUGGAAAUUACACUGAUGGAAACUUGGUCUCAUCCUUAAUGGCUAAUAAACUUGGAGUAACACAGGCAACCAUUGCUCAUGCUUUGGAAAAGACCAAAUAUGAAGAUUCAGAUGUCAAAUGGAAUGAAUUUGAUGAGAAGUACCACUUUACAAGUCAAUUCACUGCUGACAUGAUCUCAAUGAAUUCAGCUGAUUUCAUCAUAACUAGCACAUACCAAGAGAUUGCUGGAAGCACGAAUAAGCCGGGACAGUAUGAAGCUCACACUGCAUUUACCAUGCCGGGGCUAUGUCGUGUCGUGUCUGGCAUCAGUGUCUUUGAUCCAAAGUUCAACAUUGCCGCCCCUGGCGCUGAUCAAUCAGUGUACUUCCCUUUUACAGAAAAACAACAGCGAUUGAUCGAAUUUCAUCCAGCUAUCGAGGAACUACUUUAUAGUAAGGAUUACAAUGAAGAACACAUAGGAUAUUUGGAGGACAAAAAGAAACCGAUCAUAUUCUCGAUGGCUCGGCUGGACAAAGUGAAGAAUCUCAGUGGCCUAGUGGAGUGGUAUGCAAAGAAUAAGAGGCUGCGAAGUUUGGUGAACCUUGUGAUUGUUGGAGGGUUCUUCAAUCCAGGCAAAUCAAAAGACAGAGAGGAAAUCUCAGAGAUCAAGAAGAUGCAUUCCUUGAUAGAAGAAUACAAACUCAAGGGCCAGUUCAGGUGGAUUGCAGCGCAAACAGAUCGCUACCGAAACAGCGAGCUGUAUCGCUGCAUUGCAGAUACAAAGGGAGCUUUUGUGCAGCCAGCAAUGUAUGAGGCUUUUGGUCUCACAGUGAUUGAGGCUAUGAACUGUGGAUUACCAACUUUUGCUACAAAUCAAGGAGGCCCUGCAGAGAUUAUAGUUGAUGGAGUCUCAGGAUUUCAUAUUGAUCCUUACAAUGGAGAUGAAUCAAGCAACAAGAUUGCUGAUUUCUUUGAAAUCUGCAAGACUGAUCCUGAACACUGGAACACAAUCUCCAAAGCCGGUCUUCAACGCAUCAAUGAAUGCUACACAUGGAAGAUAUAUGCAAAGAAAAUCUUGAACAUGGGAUCAAUCUAUGGGAUCUGGAGAAGGCUAAAUAAGGAACAAAAGUUGGCAAAGGAAAGAUACAUCCACAUGCUCUAUAAUCUCCAAUUCAGGAACUUGGCAAGGAAAGUUCCCAUUCCUGGUGAGGCAUCCUUUGAUCCUGCACCAAUGGCAACAACUGUAGGAAAAAAAUCUGCACCAGAAGGAGCAUCACCUAAGAUCUUGAAGCCUGAUGUUGCAGCAGCACCAACUUCCAAGAUUGAACCUCAGAUUCCAAGGGAUGAGGGUAAGGAAGUAAUUUCCCCUCAAGAGAGUAGCAUUUUAGGGACAAGGAAUCGCUUAAGUUGGUGGAUUGGCAUGAUUGGAUCUUUGUUCAUCCUUCAUUACUUCUUACAGAAUUUGGAUCGUAUAUUCACAUGGAAUAACAACAAUCACAUGUAAAUUUAGUUCAUUCGUUCUAGUUUUAACUCAAACACUAAUGAGUUUACCUUUCUGUAGUUUCAGUAAUCUUAUAAAAUAAAUUGUACCAAUAAGAGAAAGUUCGAAAGUGGCUUGUCAAUUAUUCCAAAACAUUAAUUAAUAAAAAGCUCUCGUCGACAUGGAUUCA